UUGGGCGAAAAACAAAUAAAUUAGUGUUUGUGUGGCGCACCUGGAAUGUGAACGCGUUCCAAACAGUGCAGCGCCAGCAAUCAAACGUAUUCAAUGCUAGAAUAAACCAAUUUCCUGACAAAGACAUCGCCAACAGCAGCAGCAGCAGCAUUUAGCAGCAGCAGCAACAAUUCAUCGACGACGGCGACGAUUGAGUCGCUAGUCGCGACUCGCGAACAGCUUUCUUGCCAAUAAAAAAAGUAACUGACUCAGAAACUUAUCCGGAGGCAAGCAGUUGAGUCACAGACACACACACACACACACACACACAUAUAUAUAUAUAUAUAUAUAUAGAAACGCACAAGAUGAGCUGCAAGGUGCGAUUAAUGGAGGAUGGAUCAUUGGACGAGGAGCCGCUAACACUGAAGGAGAUCGCCUAUCAGAAGGUGUGCAACAGUCUGGACAUAAUCAGUAGCCAUACGGAAAGCGGGCAGCGUACCCUCAACGCUGGCAUUGUGCUAACAAAUGAGAUAUGCGAUGAGUUUCUAGAGAAAUAUCAGCGCUUCCAUCGGCCACUGGACGACAAAGUGAUCAAUCUAUUUAGCGAUACUCGUCGCACAUCCCUGAAGAUUGUGAAUCUGCGCUACAGCACACUGAGCAGCUCCGGUCUGGAGACGCUGAUGCGUCACAAACUGUUUGCCCUGUCCAUGUGGUAUUGUGACAAGAUAACGGUGCAAUCACAUCACCUGCUGGCCCACUAUGGCGACAGUUUACGCUCGUUGGAGCUAGGCAUCAGUUCGCAUCUGCUGCAGAAUGCCGAGCCAAACGAGAAGGAACCGGUGGACUUUCAACUGACCUGCCCACAUCUGCGCCGUCUGGUGCUGAAUGGCGUUGUGAUGCAUCAUCGAUUGCAGUUCGCACACUUGCAGGAUCUGAGCCAUUUGGAUCUGACGUCGUGCGUGCUGGCCAACUUUAGUCUGGAGGCGCUUGGCAUGCUGCCCAACCUGCAUACGCUCAUCCUGUUCAAUGUGUGGCCCAUCGCGAAUCAGUUGCAUGCGAUCUGCUGUUUGCGACGCCUCGGCACCCUCGACAUUUCAAUAUCCAGUUUGGGUAAUGGCCAUGGCACCUACGAUCUGCCCGAUCAGACGCUCGAGAUGCUCAUGGACAAUCUGCGACAAUUGACGCAUUUGGAUAUCUCGGGCACAAAUUUGGCGGGCAACGGUGUCGCCACCAAGGAGUCAACGAAUGCCAAUACCAAGACAGAGCAGCACUUCGGCCCCACCGAUAUACCGGGGCUGGCGUCGCGCACCCAGCGACCGCUGCAGUUCCUCGGCCUUUAUCACACGGCGCACUGGGCGUGUAAACGGCAUGAUAUACCCGCUCUCGAAGUGGCCGGCGAUGCCAAUGAGCAGCAAAUACUCACUGCGGCGCGCUACUACCACGACAGGCCCGUUCUACUGACAAGGGUACUCAACGAUUUGUAUCAUCUAUUUCGGUUUGAGAACUGCAAAGAUAUCCACACAGCGCUGGAUGUGGUGCUCUGCGCCAUGGAUAGGCAUCUGAAGUUCAAGCACAUGCAAAUAUCGGGCAGCGCUACACUGUUCUACAUAGUGAAGGGUCGUGAUCGUUCCAAAUUUGGCACACUGCUGCGUAAUCACAUCAUUCGAACGCUGCUCAAUGGCAUGGAGAUGCAUCUGACGGAUGACACAAUGCUGCGCAAUGGCUAUUUGACGCUGACACAAUUCCAGAUGCCAGCCGAUGUGCUGUUCGAGUACGAGCGCCUCAUUAAGAUACUGCUGCAUGGUGUGUCCAAGACGGAGCAGGAGGGAUUCGUGCAACGUAUCGCCAUCUAUCUGCUCAACACACUGGCCUGCCAGGUGGACGGCCGCCAGAAGCUCUUUCUCGGCGAGUUGGGCGUGGUCAGCACAAUGCUGACUCUGAUAAAGGAUCGACUGACGCGCUCAGUGUUUGACGAUGUCAUGGAGGUUGCGUGGUCGACCAUGUGGAAUGUAACCGAUGAGACUGCUAUUAAUUGUAAGAGAUUUCUGGAUGGACGCGGCAUGGAGUAUUUCCUUAAGUGUUUAAAUACAUUUCCCGAUCGUGACGAGCUGCUGAGGAACAUGAUGGGGCUGCUGGGCAAUGUGGCUGAGGUGAAAUGGCUGCGGCCCAAGCUGAUGACGCAGGAGUUUAUAGAGGUGUUUGCGCGUCUGCUUGAUUCAUUGAGCGAUGGCAUCGAGGUGGGUCAGCAAGGUGGAAGACUAGCCAAUGACAAUGCUAACCAACUGCGCUUCCAGGUCAGCUACAAUGCGGCUGGAGUGCUGGCGCACAUUGCGUCCGAUGGCGCCGAUGCGUGGACGAUUAAGACACCAACCAGACAACACGUCCUCGAACGCAUGGUGGCCGCCAUACAGCGUUGGAACAUCAAGAGUGAGCGCAACAUCAACUAUCGCAGCUUUGAGCCCAUUCUCAGCUUGGUGCGCUGCUAUGAGACGCCACAGUGUCAGCAUUGGGCCGUUUGGGCGCUGGCCAAUCUCACUCAGGUAUAUCCGGACAAAUAUUGCCAGCUGGUGGAACAGGAGAAUGGCAUACAAAUACUGACCGAGCUGAUUGCGCACGAGAGUCCUUAUUGUGAGAUUAAGCGGAUUGCUCGCCUGGUCAUCGAACAGUGCGAUUUGGGUGUGGAGCGCAUGGAGGAGAACUAGGCCACUAGGAUUACUAUUCGAGUUUGUUGUAAUAUGUUUGUGUUUAAGACAGCAGCAAGUGUUAUCGUUCAGAUUCUUCCUCGAUUUUCCUUAAUGUUUACUUGAAAGAGAAACAAUAACAAAACAAAAUCAAAUUUUAAAUGCGACAAAAACAAAAACAAAAAAAUAAGACAUGAGAGAAUUAUGGCAGAUAAUUAGGUAAAAAGAACGCUAAAUCUAUAUAAAUAUAUAUAUAUAUAUAAUAUUGAUUGCUAGAUUAUAUAUACAGUAUAUAUUAUUUAUAUAUAUAUAUCAUGUUGUAAGCAAGCGAGCGAUUUUUUUUAAGACGAGAUUAAGGCCCUGUCGGAAAUAUUGUAAAUAUUGUUAACGAAAGCAAAAAUUAAGAAAGUAAUUAAAAAAGGCAAACGAAGUAGCUGCAUAUUAAAUAGAUCCUUAAUUAAAUAACCCUAUGCAAUUUA